CUUCCACAGCUUCAGCUUUAGGCAACAUUCCCGGGGCGAGAUGGUUGUCAGACACGCUCUUGGCCCCUGGGCUCUGUUGACCUUUUUUUGUUUGCUUGCAAGUUGGCCGAGAAACUGGUGCUUUUCGCAAGGUUUCGCAUGCCCGACAAGGCGGCGGUGUGGUGCGACAGCGUUAGAGCCUCUCCGUGCAGAGCCGUUCGAUUUGGAGGCAAUGCUUGCAAAGUACGAGCAACAAGAAGAAACGGCUGAUGAACAAACUGAUGAAAAGGCUGCCGAAGCCAAAAGACCGCUCUCGAGUUUCCAAGUUGGUGAGACUGUGAAAGGGCGCGUGAACUUUAUGAAUGUUCGUGGGCCUUCAGUGGCUUAUGUGGACAUCGGUGCGGAAAAGGAUGCCGCUUUAGAGUUUGGAGAGAUGGAGGAUGGAUUCCCUGCAAAAUUGACGCCAGUGCGAAAGGGUCAAAAGGUGGAGGCGCGAGUGCUGGAGUAUGAUCUGAAGGCGGAGCGGAUCUACCUCACCCGAAGGUCCGGUGACUUGGCGCGGCCUCGACGCUUGACGCUGGAGGAGGAGAACCACAACCCGGAGCCGCUCCGGAGGGUGGCACAGUCUGAAUGGCUCGAUGCCGAGGUCCUGAGCCUGGUGACCUUUGGCGCCUUCGUGAACGUCUACCCGUCGUGGGGUGACAAGACGCCUGUCGUUGGAUUGCUUCACAAGAAGGAGUUUGCGGCCGAUUUCGCCCAGGACCCUGAGAAGGCGAUCCGCGGCGGACGCAUUAAAGUGCGCAAACUGUCGCUCAACAGCAGAGGUGAGUUGAAGGUGACUAUGAAGCAGCCCUGAGAAGAAGAAAGCUGCGGCGCAUGGCUUGAAGG